AGGAUCCGAGACAUCCAAAAGUUGAGGAGGAGAGCUUUCUAUGGCGGUUUUGCUCCAAACGUUCGGCGGGAGGGAUGGAAAUGGCUUCUCGGAUGUUAUCCUGUGAACUCAACGAGGAAGGAUCGCGAACAUCUCCUAUCGCAGAAGGCGAAGGAGUAUGAAGCAUACCGGCGCCAGUGGGAAAGCAUAACAGCGGACCAGGAAUCGAGAUUCUCGAAAUUCAGAGAUCGAAGGCACAGGAUCGAGAAGGACGUUAUCCGCACUGAUCGAAGUAUUGACAUCUUUGUGGACGACAAUGGCGAUGGGCUGCAAAAGCUCUACCGCAUUCUCCUGACCUACUCUUUCUACAACUUCGACCUCUCCUACUGCCAAGGAAUGAGCGACCUGGCAGCUCCUCUACUUGUUGUUAUGGAGGAUGAGGUCGAGGCUUUCUGGUGCUUUCAGAAGUUGAUGGAUCUCAUGGAGCCGAAUUUCCACAAAGAUCAGAAUGGGAUGCAUACACAGUUGCAGACGAUUAAUACUCUGUGUAAGGAUCUUGAGCCGGAGUUGUACGACCAUCUCGAGAGGAAAGAUUGCUCCAACUUCUAUUUUUGCUUCAGGUGGCUGCUGAUCAUCUACAAGAGAGAGUUUGGGCUGCAAGACGUUUUUCGACUCUGGGAGGCGUUCUGGAGUCGAGUCAGAGGGCAAGAUCUGCACCUGUUCGUCGCCCUUGCCAUCUUACGCAAGCACAAGGCUAACAUCAUAGAGGAGGACAUGGAGUUUGACAGCGUUUUGAAGUUUGUGAACGAUCUUUCUGUUAGUCCCUCCUCCUCCUCCUCCUCCUCCUCCUCCUCCUCCUCCUCCUCCUCCUCCUCCUCCUCCUCCUCCUCCUCCUCCUCCUCCUCCUUCGCCUCCGCCUCCUCCUCCUCCUCCUCCUCCUCCUUCUCAUGCUGGCCUUACGCAUCGCAGGGGAGGAUGGACUGCCUCGAGGUACUGAAGGACGCAGACUUUCUCUCGCAGGUUGAGAGUCUUGGAUGCUUGAGACCCAGCAGAACUGAUCGUCUUCUUUUGCACAGGAAGCUCAGUUCCGAAUGA